AAUCAUAAUUAAAUUAUCAAAAUGUUUUCUCUCGUUGGAGAUAUAAAAUUUUGGAGCUGUGACGAUAAUAUUAAUUUAAAAAACACUGAUUUUAGUGCAUUUAGAUAUUAUGAUAAACGUAUUGAUGGAAUUUAUGACGAGGCAAAACGUUCGUACUGUCAAAAAAGAGACAUUAUUUAUAAUCCACAAAAUAAAAAAGGAAAUAAAUUGAAGGAUGGUCUUAAAUAUUUAGAAGAACAAUUGAAAGAUUACACAAUUAUCUUUUGCCAAUGGUAUGAUCAAUCAACAAUUCAAAUGAUGCUUAACACAGGUUUACUCAUAACAAUACAAGUAAAUUUAUCAACAAUUGACAUUGAAAAUAUGUCAUUUGAUAAAUACCUCAUUGGAAAAGUACCUGAUCAUAUUUCAGAUGCUGUUAUAACAAAGGAUCACUUGAUCUGUACACAUACUGAUAGUCAAAUAACAAUUGUAAAUUUUGGUAAACCAAAAAGACAAUUAUUUGAUAAAAUUAAUAAACUAGAAGCAAAAUUAAUGAUUAAUGAAUUAUCUGGACCAUGUGGACGUAGAAUUGAAAAAAAAAUACGUGUAAAUAAAAGUGGUGAUUUGAUAUUAAUUUGGUGGAAAUCAACGACAAAUGAAGUUUAUCCAUGGAGUCCAGCAAUGAAAGAACAUGAUCGUGCAAAUGUACACUUGUAUAGACUAAGAGGAUUGAAAUUUGAACUUUUGUGUUAUUUAAGAACAGAAUUUGAUCCAUUGUGUAUUACUUUCAAUUCAAAAGAGGAUAAUGUUAUUCAUUCAAUUGAACAAAAAGUAUCGAGAAAGGGUGAUGUUACGAUUGAAUGGCAAACAUAUGAAGUAUCACAACAAGAUAAAUUACAAAGAAUUGAAAUGGUAUCAAUACCACUACCAACACAUACAAGUUGUUCAAAAUUUUCACCAAAUCAAGAUAUGUUAUUGUUAUGUUGUAUUGAUGGUACAAUAACACUUCAUGAUCAUUCAAAAGGAACAAAUAAAACAAUUAAAACAACAUUUAUAGCAACAAUUGGAUCAUGGCAUAAUGAUGGUUAUUUAUUUACAAUUGGUAAUGAACGUGGUCAAUAUCAACACUAUGAUAUAUCAUUGUCAUGUGUUAAAAGCCAAAUGCUCAAUGAAGAAUCAUCACCAACAAAUAUACAUGAUUUAUCAAUAUAUUUUAAAACACAAUCAGCAUUAUUAAAAAUUGAUUGGAAUAAAAAAUUAAAUAUUACUUAUAAUGAUAAAUAUAAAAAUAAUGAUUCAUUGAUAUUAUUAUUAUUUGAAAAAGGACCAAUUUGUAUAACAAGAAUAAUUGAGGGUAAUAAUUUAUCUGGUGAUACAUUAAUUUAUAAAUAUUUAAAUAUUCAUCAGCCAGAACGUGCAACAAAUAUUUUAUUAUCAAUGAAUUGGGAUUUAAAUUCAAGAUCAUGUAUGUAUUCAUUAAAUCAAAUAUUAAAUUAUUUAUUUAAAUAUCCAUUAAAUACAGAACGUGAAAUAUUAAUUCAAAAUGCACUUGGUAGUUUUCAUGUUCCAAUAACUCCAAUAAGUCAAAUUAUUGAAGAUGAAUAUGCUGAUGAAAUACGUGAUUUAACAAGAAAAUUUUUUCAUCAUCUUAUGAGAUAUAAAUUAUUUGAUAAAGCAUUUAGACUUGCUAUUGAUUUAAAUGAUCAUGAUUUAUUUAUGGAUAUUAAUUUUUAUGCAUUAUCUGUUAAUGAUAUAUCAAUGGCAAAAGCAGCAAAAGAUAAAGCUGAAUUGUUAUUAAGUAGAUCAAAUAGUUGCACAAGUACACAUUCAACAUGUUCACGUCCAUCAUGUUCACUUUGUUCUGAUUCUAUUAGUGAAAAUGACAGUGAAUCAUAUACUGAAGAAAGUGAAAGUGAAGAUUCACCACGUCGUAGAAAAUUUAAAAAAAUUUUAACACAAAGUCAAAUACCACCAUUACCAAUACUUGCUACUAAAAAUUAUGAUAAUAAUCUUGUUUCAACAUCAUUUAAUGAUGAAACAACAAGUAAAAAUUCUGAUAAUACAUUAUCAACUAAUUUUAAUGAUUCAAAUUAUAAAUUAACAAGUGGAAUUACAAAAUUUUCAUCAUCAUCAUUUGGUAAAUCAAAUAGUUAUAAACUCAAAGAUGAUAAUCAUGAAUUUAAAAAUAUCCAUAAAGAUGAUUUAUCAUCGUCAUUUAGAAAUUUACGUGUUAAUAAUCAUUACAAACGUGAAAAUUUUUUUAAAAAAACUACCAAUGAUCAGCAAUUAAUUGACACUGAUAUAUUACGAGAACAAAAAUCAAAUGAUAAUGAUUUUUUAACAACGAGCUUUGAUUCAUCACAUUCAAUUGAAAUACCAAAUUCAGUUGAAUAUUCAUUUAUGAAUGUUGACAAUAAUGCACAACGAUUGCUUAAUAAUGAAAAUAAUAAUUCAUUUGAUACAAAUGUAGCUGGGAUAGAUGAAAAAUCAUCAAAUAAUUUUAUAAAUUUAGACAAUAAUUUAGUAUCAACAUCAUUCAAUGAAGAAGGUGAUAAUACAAUAAUUAAAAAUGACAAAAAAUUGCUAGAUAAUUUAUCAAGUGAUAUUGAAAUUGAUGAUGAAAAUUUAAAUCGUGAAGGAAUUAUUGAAGUACCACCACCACCACCAGCAAUGACAAAAUCAUUGGAAAAUUAUCUUAAUAAUUUACCAAAAAAAAAUAUACAAUUAUCAAAAAGUACACCUGGUUUAAGUUGUAUUGAUGAUACAAUUAUAAAAUUUCAAAAACAAAAAAAAUAUUAUUCUAGUGUAUUACAAAAUUCACAAAGUGUCUCAACAAUUUUACAAAAUCAGGAUAAAAAAAAUCAUAUUACUAAAAAAACUUAUAGAUUUAAUUAUGAUCUUGAUUGUGUACAAUAUUCUGGAAGUUGUGAUAAUUUAAAUGGUCAAGAAUAUUCAAGUGAUCGUAUUAAAUCAAGUAUUGAUUCAAGAUUUUUAAAGAAUGAUGAUAAUCAAAUAUUUAAAAAUUUCAAUAGAGAAUUUAAAGCUGGAUCAAAUGUACCACCAUUGCCUGUUAUUAAUUCACCAGAAAAACCAAAAGUUAAAUUUUCAAAUACUGUAACACAUAUUUUAGUGCCUGGAACAGGACAACCUUAUCGACCAAUUCAAAAACGUCCAGCAACAAAACUUCAUCAAAUGGAUCCCAAAAGAGAAUUGGCUGAAAGUUUGCCUCUCUGUUUGGGAAAUGAGGAUUAUUUAAAGGACUUUCAACCUUUAUCAAAAGAUUCUGGAGAUCCAAAUAACCCGAUGAUAAAAGAACCAAUAAAAACAGAAGAAGCAGCAAAAAUAAAAGUCGUACAUUUUGGUCUCUUGUAGGAUGAGGUUCAGGACAAUAAUAAUUUUAAUAUUAAUAAUAAGGACUCAUAUUAUUUAGCUGAUAAUUUAUCAUUUUAAUUGAC